UGUGUUGCCUCUGGUUCCCCUAGUGACCGCGUGACCAGCCGUCCGACAUGGCUUUCUUUGGUGGAUCCCUGCUAGGCCCCUUCAGUAGGUCUGCGGCGCUGCUGGGUGGCAGAUGGCUCCAGCCCCGCAUCGGGCCAGGGCUCCCGCAGCAAGUCCGGGGCAAGGCGCGCGGGAACGAGUAUCAGCCGAGCAACAUCAAACGCAAGCACAAGCACGGCUGGAUCCGGCGCCUGAGCACCCCGGCCGGCGUCCAGGUCAUCCUUCGCCGAAUGCUCAAAGGCCGCAAGUCCCUGAGCCACUGAAGAGAGCCGCGCCGCGGCAGAAACCUUUUCCUUCGUGGACCUCGUCUGCCUUCGUUUGUACGGGGUGCUGGGGAAACAGAAUGGACUCUUGCCUGACUGUCCCCCAAAUUGUGGGAUUGACCUACGGAAAGGAGCUGGUGGAGACUGGAAGUGGGAGAAUGGCCCAGACCUUGCCAAAUCCUUUUUGAGUUUUGAGGAGUUUUGAACAUAGACACUAGUCCACAGGAUAGCAUAACGACCUUGUUCCCCAAUGUGACUUGACCUCCCCUUCCACCCACAACUCUCCUACCUCCUCCUACUCCCCCAACAUUAACAGUAACUUCAGAAUAUCACUAAAUGCCUGACUUUUACUCAUGUUGUUUUG